AUGGAGCAAACGUAUGGGGAGGUGAACCAACUUGGCGGGGUGUUUGUAAAUGGUCGUCCGCUGCCCAAUGCUAUAAGGCUACGGAUAGUGGAGUUGGCCCAGCUCGGGAUACGACCCUGUGACAUUAGUAGACAACUCCGCGUCUCUCAUGGCUGUGUGAGCAAGAUUCUAGCAAGGUACAACGAAACCGGGUCAAUUUUACCCGGUGCUAUCGGUGGGAGCAAGCCACGGGUUACCACGCCGAACGUGGUGAAAAACAUAAGGGAAUACAAGCAGAAUGACCCGGGGAUCUUUGCUUGGGAAAUUCGAGACAGACUUCUAGCGGACGCAGUUUGUGACAAAUACAACGUACCAUCAGUCAGCUCUAUUAGUAGGAUUUUACGGAACAAGAUUGGAAGUCUGUCCCAGCCGAACCAGUAUGAGAACUGCAAGCAACAGCCACAGCAAGGAAUUCCAUACAACCAUAUCUAUCCCUAUUCAUAUCCAAACGCAAUGUCACCCACUGGGACCAAAAUGGGCAACCCUGGUGUGCCUGUGGGCCUAUCACGGGCCUGGCCCUCAGCGCACACUGUCAGCAAUAUCCUUGGUAUUAGAGCCUUCAUGGAUCCCGCAGCCCUCGCUGCAGAGGGAUAUCCACAAAAAAUGGAGGACUGGGGAAGUGUCAACAGAGGGACGUUUUCCACCGCUCAUGGGGUGAACGGAAUAGACAAAUCAGCUGUCGACACAGACAUAAAAUAUCCUCAGACUUCAUCCUCAUUGUCCAGUUACGUACCUGCGUGUGCAUACUCUCCCUCAAACCAGUACGGUGUUUAUAGUGGUCCAGCGGGCAGCUAUGUCACUCCCGCGCAUCACUGGCAAACCCAGAGCACGACCCUGUCGCACCAAAACAGUGGUAUGACGAUGCACGCGGGUGACAUCCAUUCGCAAAUGGCAUUCAAACAUGCAGCGCGAGAUGACCGUAAACCUCCCAGUCCCCUGAGCAAGCACGAGGCGAUGAACAGCAUACACGGACUCAGUCUUCCUACCUCAUCAUCAUAACCCCCCAGCAGCUAAAGGGGAAUUACCACACGUCACGAGCCGCAAAUACCCUACACCCAUUUAAUUGCGUGCAUUUCAAGAUCUCGAAC